UUGUCAGUGGCAGUCAGGAUUGCACCAUCAAGCUUUGGUCAGUGCCAGACAAUCUUUGUGGCAAGUCUGUGACAAAUCUUCAUGCUAACAUGACAGAGAAGGCACACGAGAAGGAUAUUAAUUCCAUCACAGUGUCACCCAAUGACAAAUUAUUGGCCACAGGAUCCCAGGAUAGGACAGCUAAAGUAUGGAAUGCUAGUAGCCUGUCUCUCCUAGGCGUGUGUAGAGGUCACAGGAGAGGGAUAUGGUGUGUCCAGUUCUCUCCUGUUGACCAGUGUUUGGCCACCUCUUCCAGUGAUGGGACCAUAAAGAUCUGGUCCCUCUCUGAUUUCACUUGUGUUAAGACAUUUGAAGGGCAUGACACAUCUGUUCUGAAAGUAAUUUUCUUGACCAGAGGGAUGCAGUUGAUGUCAAGUGGAUCUGAUGGUCUUCUAAAGUUGUGGAAUAUCAAGAAUAAUGAAUGUAUCAAGACACUGGAUGAGCACAAUGAGAAGGCUUGGGCUCUCACAGCCAAUAAAAAGGGAGACAUCAUUGUCAGUGGGGCAGCUGACUCCAGUAUCAUUGUUUGGAAGGACACAACAGAAACUGAAAUAGAAGAAGCAAAGGCCAAAGAGGAGGAUACCAUUAUCAAGGAACAAGAACUUGCCAACCUCUUACAGCAGAAGAAGUACUUGAAGGCAAUAGGAUUGGCCAUCACUCUAGAACAGCCAUUCAGAGUUCUGAAUAUCAUGAAAGAGAUCCUGAGUCAGCCCACAGGGCAACAAGACUUGACAGAUACUGUGCUUAAACUGAGAAUGGACCAGACAGAUGCAGUCCUAAGGUUUUCUGUUCAGUGGAACACUAAUAGUAAGCAUUGUCACGUAGCCCAGUUUGUGCUGUCAGUGGUGCUGAAGGGUUACCCCCCUGAGGAGCUGAUGAAGCUGCCGAACUUUAAAGCCACAGUGGAGGGUCUCCUACCAUAUACAGAGCGUCAUUUCCAGAGGAUGAAGAGAUUGCAACAGCAGGCCACCUUUACAGACUACACGUGGCAGUGUAUGAAGCUGGGGCAAAGUGAUAGGGUAAAAGAUAAUGAGGCAUCACAAAGUGCUACUAACAUGGAGACUGAGAACUUUGUGGGUAAAACCCAGGAUCCUAAAGAUGGUGCUUCUCAGGAAAUGGUGGAUGAAACAGAUGAUUUGGGAGAAAGAAUCAGGAAAGCUGUACAGCAAAGGUUAAAAGAACUAGAUCAAAUAUCUGAAAAACAAUCUGGAGGAAAGACUAGCGAGUCUGAACAUAUUGAGGUAGAUAAAGGUAAUGGGGAAAACGAUGGAGAAAAUGUUAUAACAAAUGAGAAAACAAACUUAAAGGCAAAAAAGAAAAACAAAAACAAAAAAUCAGAUUUAACAGACUUGCAAAGGGACCAAGAGGAAGAAACCUCACCUGCUGAGAAAGUGACUACAAGAUUAGAACAUGCAAAAAAGAAGAAAACAAAGAAGGGAUUCAAAACUCCUGAUUCUAUGAAUAAAAGAAAAGUUCAUUCUAAGGAAAAUGGGAUCACAGAGACAAACAGGUCCUCAAAGAGAAGGAAGUCUUCUGCAAAGUGAGGUAGUCAUAAAGCAAGAGGGGCAUAUAAUGUUUAUUUGACAUUGAAGAAGUUUUUAAUGUCAUGAUCAUGAAGCGUUUAAUCAAUAAAUAUAUAUGUAUUGAAAAUGACUUGAAUAUUUUUUUCAAAAUUCAAGAUCUUAAAAUGCCCAUUUGAUUAGGCGGUCAAAGGCACCCUACUCGUAUUUGCCUAAAAAAUAAAUGCUUCAAAAUUAUUGAAUAAAAUAAUUCAUUUCUUGAAAAGAGAUCUUGUUUUUAAUGGAAAAUGCCAGGAAGGUGGUUACAAAAACAUAUUAUGAUGUGAAUAAUUGAAGGUAAAUCCUUUGCCUUGCUUAUUAAACAUGUUUCUCAUGUAUUUGUUUGUUUGAAAGAACUAUAAUGUUGUCAGUAACAAACAGGGGUUGAUUGGUCCGUUUUUGAACAGAUCACAGGUACUAUUAGUUUUUGGUUGAUUGUUUUAGAAUGUGGUCCCUUUUGUUAUAGUAAAUGUGAAAGUGAA